AUGAAGGUGCCACGCAACUUCGCCGUCGGCCUCGGCGCCGCUGUAAUUGGAACUGCUGCCGUUACAGAAGCCAAAGAUUACACGCCAUACGUUAAACCUUUUCUUGGUACUGAAGGUCCUACACCCGGAUCGUCAUACCAAGGCGGCAAUGUUUUCCCUGGUGUCACACUGCCUUUUGGUGGUGUCAAGGUCGGCAUCGAUACCACAAGAUGGGACACCAGAUAUCAAGCCAAUGCGGGUUAUACCGUCGAAGGCAAUGUCACGGCAAUUUCAAUGUUGCACGUAAGUGGCACUGGAGGUGCUCCUACUUAUGGACUGAUCCCCCAAAUGCCUCUUACGACAUUAGAGGGCGUAAACCUUUUGGACAACUUGACGUACAUGCAACCGAGGGUUGGCCAUGAUGUUGCGGAGGUCGGAUACUAUAAGACUUCACUGGAGAAUGGAGUUACAGCUGAGAUAAGCGGCAGUAUGCACGCUGGAAUUCUGAAGUAUAACUUUUCAAAAGACGGGGGCCGUCAUGUUCUUGUCGACCUCAGCCACUAUCUGCCCACUCGCGGAAAGGAAUCUCAUUGGUAUAGCAACGGCUACUUGGAACGAAGCGACGACGGCUCCUCGUACUCUGGAUAUGGCGUCUAUAGGGAAGGCUGGGCGCUCGGGGGUGACUUUAAGGUCUACUUCUGUGGACAAUUUGACACCGUCCCAGAGGAUGCGGCUCUAUUCUCUGGUAUCUACACAGACCCGUAUUGGCCCAACACUACAGAUGUAAAGCCAUUUUACAACAACCAAACCUCCAUCAGCGGCGGUGUGAACGGUUAUCAAUACGCCAACCGUAUUGGAGGUCUCUUUUCGUUUCCAUCGAACACAUCUACUCUUACCUCCAAAGUCGGCAUCUCAUGGAUAUCAGCUGACAAGGCUUGCCAAUUCAUUAAAGACGAAAUUCCACACUGGGACUUGAAUAAGACAGUCUCUGAAGCGAAAGCUGCCUGGAACAAUGAGGUACUUUCAAAGAUCGAUGUGAAGACUGAAAACCAAACGCAGCUGGAGAUGUUUUACACUGGCGUUUAUCAUGCUCAUCUGAUGCCCUCUGAUCGAACGGGCGAGAACCCGCAUUGGCAAUCAAAGGAGCCAUACUAUGAUGACUUUUACACGCUAUGGGAUACUUUCAGAUGCACGCAUGCGCUCGUAUCUCUCAUUCUCCCGAGCCGUCAAGUUGACAUGAGUAAGCAUUAUUCUCUGGCUUCCAUGAUUGAUAUCUGGCGACAUGAGCGAUUCCUGCCGGAGGGCCGAAGCCAUAACCACAACGGCCGAGUCCAAGGUGGUUCCAACUCUGACAACAUUUUGGCUGACGCCUACGUCAAGAAGCUCGAUAAGAACGGGCUUAUCAACUGGGCUGAUGGAUAUGCUGCCGUGCGCACUAACGCUGAGUUGCAGCCCUACAACAAUUUCGACUUCAACGACCCAACGGGAAGUACCAAGGAAGGCAGAGGUGCUUUGGAUGAUUGGAAGAAGUAUGGUUACGUGACUGUCAACUAUGGAAGAAGCGUUAGCAAGACGGUGGAGUAUUCAUUGAACGACUUUGCCGUGUCACAAAUCGCGAAGGGCGAAGCACCAGAGGAGGCCGCAACUUAUCUGAACCGAUCAACUGGAUGGCAAAAGAUUUGGCUAAAGGAGGUCACAGCUCUGAACUUCACCGGCUUCCUAGCCCCCCUACAGCCAAAUGGGACAGUCCUACCAGGUUAUAACCCACUCGAGUGCGGAGAAUGCAACUGGAAAGCAAUUUCUUACGAGGGUACUCCGUGGGAAUACAGUUUCGGCGCACCUCAUGAUAUGUCUACGUUGAUUACAUUGAUGGGCGGCCCUGCCAAUUUCGAGAAACGCCUGGACACAAGUUUCAUUCACGGCCUGGGUCAGCAAGAUCAGGGAAACAACGGCAUCGGCAGUAUGCUUUUCAACCCCGGGAACGAACCCAGUUUCAUGACGCCAUUCCUAUACAACUACAUUGGCCGCAAGCAAUGGAAGAGUGUGAUGAGGAGCAAGUCCAUCCUCGACGAAUACUAUCACACUGGAGCCGGCGGAAUUCCAGGUAACGACGAUGCAGGAAGUAUGAGCAGCUGGCUCGUGUGGAAUAUGCUCGGCUUAUAUCCGGUUGUCACUCAGCCUGUCUAUCUCGUCUUGGCCCCAAGGUUCGAGGAGAUUAGCAUUCGACUGGGUGAGGCUGGCGGCCUCCUGCAUGUUACCGCCAGCGGGCUUGAGAAGGGGCCCUAUGUUCAGAGCCUGAAGGUGAAUGGCAAAGUUUGGGACAAGAGCUGGGUCAGCCAUGAGGAUCUUCUGGGAGAUGAUGGCAAAGGAGGCCGGUUGGAGUUUGAAAUGGGCGCUGAACCGCAGGAAUGGGACUCUGGGGAGUUGCCACCCAGCCCGGGUGCUCUUUGA